CAAAAUGAAGUAUGGAAAUCUUUUUUUUUGGGUAUAAAAAGACGCACUGCCGUUUCAAAAGCAUGUCAGUUCACUUUAGAGCAUCAGACAGUGAGAAACAAUCCUUCCUAAGCCCACAAUGAGUCCGCUUAUUAUUGCAGUUCUUUCCACUUUGGCCAUCUCAGCUAAGGCUGGCCUCGUCCCGGCGGCUGCUCCUCUGGUUGCUGCAGGACCAGCACCUUUCGCGUACGCCUCGCCAUAUACCGCUCAGUACUACUCCGCUCCUUUGAUCCAGAGGGCUGCUUACGCUGCUCCAGUUGCCCGUGCUUUCGCUCAACCAAUCGUUGCCGCCCCAGCUCCAGUUGUUGCCGCCAGAGCUUUCGCUGCCCCAGCUCCAGUUGUUGCCGCCCCUGCUCCAGUCGUCGCCGCCGCCCCAGCUCCAGUUGUUGCUGCUCCAGCCCCACUUGUUGCCGCUGAAGAGGUCGACUCCUUCCCACAAUACAAGUUCGCCUACGAUGUCCAAGAUACCCUUACCGGGGACUCAAAGACCCAAGAGGAAAGCCGUGACGGCGAUGUUGUCCGUGGAUCCUACUCCCUGAUCGAACCCGAUGGUUCCCGUCGUAUUGUCUCGUACUACGCUGACGACAUCAGUGGAUUCAACGCCGUCGUUCAAAAGGAUGUCCCAGUUGCAGCAGUUGCCCCAGUUGUAGCCGCCAAGACAAUUGUUGCCCCCGCUCCAGUUGUUGCUGCCUAAGAUUGUGCCGGAUCUCGCCGCCCAGAACCCCAUUACCUGAUUGAAAACAACCUAAACUAUAAUAGCUAAUUGAUCACCGCCAAAUUCGGAGUUCGUGGAAUAAUAAGAGUGACAUCUAUUGUAAAAAAUUAGUAAACUCUUCAUUGUCAUUGUUGUAAAUUGCUUUCAUCACUUUUUUCUUUUUAUUCUUUGUCCUCAUUGAAAUUUGUAACAAAAAUCGGAACAAACAUAAAAAAAUAUUUUCUUAAAAAAAAACAACUUACUCUUUUUAUUAAACAACUCAAAGUUCAA